AUGGGGCUCAGAGGCGUCCUGCCAAUAGGGGGCUCAGACCACCCCAGCCAUCCAGCUCACCAUCCAGCCAGCCAUCCAGCCCACCAUCCAGUCAGCUCACCAUCCAGCCAGCUCACCAUCCUGCCCACCAUCCAGCUCACCAUCCAGCCAGCCAUCCAGCCCACCAUCCAGUCAGCUCACCAUCCAGCCAGCUCACCAUCCUGCCCACCAUCCAGCUCACCAUCCAGCUCACCAUCCAGCUCACCAUCCAGCUCACCAUCCAGCCCACCAUCCAGCCAGCCAGCCAGCACACCAUCCAGUCAGCCCACCAUCCAGCUCACCAUCCAGCCAGCUCACCAUCCAGCCAGCUCACCAUCCAGCUCACCAUCCAGCUCACCAUCCAGCCCACCAUCCAGCCAGCCAGCCAGCCCACCAUCCAGUCAGCUCACCACCCAGCCCACCAUCCAGUCAGCCCACCAUCCAGUCAGCUCACCAUCCAGCCAGCCCACCAUCCAGCCAGCUCACCAUCCAGCCCACCAUCCAGCCCACCAUCCAGUCAGCCCACCAUCCAGUCAGCUCACCAUCCAGUCAGCUCACCAUCCAGCCAGCUCACCAUCCAGCCCACCAUCCAGCCAGCCCACCAUCCAGCUCAUCAUCCAGCCAUCCAGCCAGCCCACCAUCCAGCCAGCCCACCAUCCAGCUCACCAUCCAGCCAGCCCACCAUCCAGCCAGCCCACCAUCCAGCUCAUCAUCCAGCCAGCCCACCAUCCAGCUCACCAUUCAGCCAGCCCACCAUCCAGCCCACCAUCCAGCCAGUCCACCAUCCAGCUCACCAUCCAGCCAGCCCAGCAUCCAGCCAGCCAGCCCACCAUCCAGCCAGCCCACCAUCCAGCCAUCCAGCCCACCAUCCAGCCAGCCCACCAUCCAGCUCACCAUUCAGCCAGCCCACCAUCCAGCCCACCAUCCAGCCAGCCCACCAUCCAGCUCACCAUCCAGCCAGCCCACCAUCCAGCCAGCCCACCAUCCAGCCAGCCCAUCAUCCAGCCAUCCAGCCCACCAUCCAGCCAGCCCACCAUCCAGCCAGCCCACCAUCCAGCUCACCAUACAGCCAGCCCACCAUCCAGCCAGCCUACCAUCCAGCCAGCCCACCAGCCAGCCCACCAUCCAGCCAGCCAGCCCACCAUCCAGCCAGCCCACCAUCCAGCCAGCCCACCAUCCAGCCCACCAUCCAGUCAGCCAGCCAUCCAGCCCACCAUCCAGCCAGCCCACCAUCCAGCCAGCCCACCAUCCAGCCCAUCAUCCAGCCCACCAUCCAGUCAGCCAGCCAUCCAGCCCACCAUCCAGCCAGCCCACCAGCCAGCCAGCCCACCAUCCAGCCAGCCCACCAUCCAGCCCACCAUCCAGCCCACCAUCCAUCCAGCCCACCAUCCAGCCCACCAUCCAUCCAGCCAGCCAGCCAUCCAGCCCACCAUCCAGCCAGCCCACCAGCCAGCCAGCCCACCAUCCAGCCAGCCCACCAUCCAGCCAGCCCACCAUCCAGCCCACCAUCCAGCCCACCAUCCAGCCAGCCCACCAUCCAGCCAGCCCACCAUCCAGCCAGCCCACCAUCCAUCCAUCCAGCCCACCAUCCAUCUAUCCAGCCCACCAUCCAGCCAGUCCACCAUCCAGCCCACCAUCCAGCCAUUCUCCUCCUCUUCCUCCUCCUAUCCUUCUAUCUUCUCUUCUCCCCUUUUACAGUCUCUUCUC